AGGAAAGCCUUCACAUUGCUUCAUGGUUGGUGUCAGAGUUGAGCUGCUGGUGGUCCUGACUGUGACUCUGCUGGUUUCAGUAGAGGGAUGGCCACAGAUAAAGAAAAUUCAACGUACUAAUGUUUAUGAGAGCCGCCAGCUGUCUGAACCACGAAGUGCUACAUCGCCAGAUGACCGCAGGGAGGACGACCACAGUGAAGAUGCAGUUCUUGAGGAUUCAUUACUUCAAGUUCAAGGUGCCAACACCAGUGGAAACUCAUACAAUUUUGCUAACCAUGGAGACCAGAUUGAUGCAGUAGUUUCUAGUCCAAGAACAUGGCGCAGAGGUACUGAUGGUGGUUUCCAGAUGGAACUUGAAGAUAUCCCUUCAAGGAGCCAGACUAGCAGUACCGGUCAGCGUCGGACUGGGCUAGAUGUGAUUUGCGGUGAUGUUGGCUUCCAAAUUACUCUGCUGACCGGUUCAUUGAGUGACGUUAAAGUUGUGGGCUCAAAGGACCUGCUGUCUGUUAUGGAUGCUCCAGAGUCUUGUGGGUAUGAAGUGAAUCCUUGGACUAAAACCUUGGCUGUACCUUUCACAGGGUGCUAUGUGAAACAGAGUGACCGCUACAGCCUGCAGUUGUUGUAUGUCGACGAGUUUGAUCAGACACAAGUUACUACCACAUCUUGUGAGAGAAGUCUGAAGUUUGACCCAGGCGUGUUCCCUCACUCCAGCGGCCAAAUAAAACACAUUGACCCAAUCCCAGUGCUGCCGCAACGGCCUACAUGUCUGCAGCGGCCAGGGUCGCCGCCACAAGGGCCCCAGCGGCCAGGGUCGCCGCCACAAGGGCCCCAUGGUUGUGGGAUACCCACAGGGGAGCAGGUGACUUGUGGCCAGUCAAGAAUAUUGUCCUCAGACUGUGAGAUGAUGGGAUGCUGUGUGAAUUCUUCUACAUCUGCCUGCUACUACCCAAUGGAUGAGUGCACUGUCAAUCAACACUUUGUGUUCGCCAUUCGUGCCAACUCUGCAUCCAUCCCUGUGGACCCCACCAGGCUCGUUAUUUCUGGGAGUGAUGGGAGUACAAACUGUAAACCAGUCAUUGUCAACGACAAAGUUGCCAUCUUUAACUUCAAAGUUACAGAAUGUGGAGUUCAUGCUUAUGAAGUUGGUGAGACAAUUAUCUACCUGGCUGAAGUGCAGACUGUUGUCCAAUCUCUGACCCUCCAGUAUGGUGUAAUUACAACACGUGAUCCACUCAGGUUCAUGGUUGAGUGCCGCUAUAGCAAAGCAGGUGUUGCUCCGCAGUCACUAACCAGCGUUGGCUACAUGGUGAAGACCCCGAGUUCCAGCUUGCCAUCAGCGGUCCUCUCUAGUGGCUUAUAUGCUGUUGAAUUGAGAAUUGCUAAAGAUCAGACGUAUUCAAGCUACUUUCCCACAAACAACCGGCCCUUGCGACUGCUCCUUGGCAAGCCAGUCUAUCUUGAAUUGCGCCUGAUAUCUCCAAAACCAGAUGCGGUAAUCCUUGUCAACUACUGUGUAGCUUACCCUCGCUCUGCAAGGAACGCACUGGUGCUUAUUUAUGAAGGGUGUCCCAACCUUUAUGCUCCAAAUGUGUCCAUCCUUAAAAUCAUUGACUGCAAAAAUCGUCACCAGAGGCGGUUCGUGGUUGAUGCCUUCCAGUUUAUGGUUCAAAAGACAAACAAAUACCUUGAUGAAGAAAUCUAUUUCAUGUGCUCUACAGAAGUGUGUUUGGCAGCAGAUAGGCCAUGUGAACAUCGGUGCUUUAAUGGAAAGGCACCAUAAGGAUGCUGCAGAAGACUUAUGAAGAUAAGGGGGGGGGGGAAUAAAUGAACAAUUUUAUAACGCAGUA